AUGGCUUUAAUGUUAAAAUCUGUUGAAGCGGUGAUGACGGAAAAUAUCGCGAAUGGCGGAACAUUCACAAGGUACGGACUUCGGUUAAAAGAAUCUGACAUCGAGGGGUUUAUAGCAAAAGAAACAAUUUCAGUUGAGGAACAAAAUCAUCGCAUUCUAAUGAGAUGGAAGGAAAAGAGAGGUAGAAAAGCUACAGUGUCAAAGAUUCGAUCAAUCGUCACAAGAUUUCAAGAUAAGAACAAAAAUAUUACACCCUCGCAGCCAAACGCGAUCAUCGUAUUCGAUUUUUCAACGAUGUCUCUCUAUUCUUACAAACCAGAGACGAAGGAGUGGGUGCAGAUGCAGGGUUUAUUAUACGUUUGUGGUGGAUUGCGGGAUUUGAAGACUGUAGAGCGAUAUGAUCCAGCUGUCAAUCAAUGGAUAAAGAUAAAACAACUCAAUGUUGGGAGAAUAUCGCCCUCAUUGAUUGCAGUCAAUGAUCAUUUAUAUUGUAUCGGAGGGAGUGACAGUCAACUAAAGAAUAUACUUUCUGUUGAAAGAUUCAAUCCAAGACUAGAUAAGUGGGAGAUCUGUAGUCAACUGCUGAAGGGAGUUGCGAAUGCAAGCUUGGCUGUUCAGAAGGGAACUAUAUAUGUUGCAGACAACGGAGUAAUACAAUGCUUUGAUAUUUUUGCAAACUUAUGGAAGAUGAUUGACAUGGAGAGGGCGUGGCCAUUUAUUGUUGGAUAUGACGUCAGUAUAUUAUCAAUCAACAACGAAAUAUUCGCGAUUGGGAACACAGAGGAGGAUUCCCACGCAAUGUAUAAGUUGAACAAAUCACGAACGGAGCUCGAACAAGUUGAGACAAUAAAAGAUAGAACAAUGUUGAACGAGACUUGUAUUGCGCCCGUUUAUCACUGA